AUGUCGCUCGUGACGGGAGUUAUCCGCCGGCUAGACGAAACAGUGGUGAACCGCAUCGCGGCGGGAGAGGUUAUCCAGCGGCCCGCUAAUGCCAUCAAGGAGAUGAUUGAGAAUUGCUUAGAUGCAAAGUCCACAAGUAUCCAAGUGAUUGUUAAAGAGGGAGGCCUGAAGUUGAUUCAGAUCCAAGACAACGGCACUGGGAUCAGGAAAGAAGAUUUGGACAUUGUGUGUGAGAGGUUCACCACAAGUAAACUGCAGUCCUUUGACGAUUUAGCCUCUAUUGCUACUUAUGGCUUUCGGGGUGAGGCUCUGGCCAGCAUCAGCCAUGUGGCUCACGUUACUAUUACAACCAAAACAGCUGAUGGAAAGUGUGCAUACAGAGCAAGUUACUCAGAUGGAAAGCUGAAAGCGCCUCCUAAGCCAUGUGCGGGCAAUCAGGGGACCCAGAUCAUGGUGGAGGACCUUUUUUAUAAUAUCGCCACGAGGAGAAAAGCUUUAAAAAAUCCAAGUGAAGAGUAUGGAAAAAUUUUGGAAGUUGUUGGCAGGUAUUCAAUACACAAUUCAGGCAUUAGUUUCUCAGUUAAAAAACAAGGUGAGACAGUGGCUGACGUCAGAACACUGUCCAACGCCACAACCGUGGACAACAUUCGCUCCAUCUUUGGAAAUGCCGUUAGUCGGGAAUUAAUAGAAGUUGGGUGUGAGGACAAGACCCUAGCCUUCAAAAUGAAUGGCUAUAUUUCCAAUGCAAACUACUCGGUGAAGAAAUGUAUCUUCUUACUCUUCAUCAACCAUCGUCUGGUAGAAUCAACUUCUUUGCGAAAAGCUGUUGAAACAGUGUAUGCCGCAUAUUUGCCCAAAAACACACACCCAUUCCUCUACCUAAGUUUAGAAAUCAGCCCCCAGAAUGUGGAUGUGAAUGUGCACCCCACAAAGCAUGAAGUGCACUUUCUGCAUGAGGACAGCAUCCUGGAGCGGGUGCAGCAGCAUAUUGAGAGCAAGCUCCUGGGCGCCAACUCCUCCAGGAUAUACUUCACCCAGACUUUGCUACCAGGGCUUGCUGGCCCUUCUGGAGAGGCAGUGAAGUCCACAAUGGGUGUGGCCACCUCGUCUACUUCUGGAAGUGACAAAGUUUACGCUCACCAGAUGGUUCGCACAGAUUCCCGGGAACAAAAACUCGAUGCCUUUCUGCAGCCUGUAAGCAAGGCUCUGUCCAGCCAGCCCCAGGUCCUGGCCCCAGAAGACAGCAGAGACAGCCCCAGUGGCUCUGCCCGACAGCAGGAUGAGGAGAUGCCUGAACUUCCAACCCUUGCUGAAGCAGCUGCCAAGGAGCAGGGCUUGGAAGGGGAGCCCACGCAGGGGACUUCAGAAAUGUCAGAGACGAGAGGGCCCACUUCCAAUCCAGGCAAUGCCAGAAAGAGACCCCGGGAAGACUGUGAUGCAGAAAUGGUGGAAGAUGAUUCUCAGAGGGAAAUGACAGCCGCCUGUGCCCCGCGGAGAAGAAUUAUUAACCUCACCAGUGUUUUGAGUCUCCAGGAAGAAAUUAAUGAGCGGGGCCAUGAGACUCUCCGGGAGAUGCUGCAUAACCACUCCUUCGUGGGCUGUGUGAAUCCGCAGUGGGCCUUGGCGCAGUACCAGACCAAGCUGUACCUUCUCAACACCACCAAGCUCAGCGAAGAAUUGUUCUACCAGAUACUCGUCUAUGAUUUUGCCAAUUUUGGUGUUCUGAGGUUAUCGGAGCCAGCCCCGCUCUUUGACCUGGCGAUGCUCGCUCUGGACAGUCCUGAGAGCGGCUGGACAGAAGAAGAUGGUCCCAAAGAAGGGCUAGCCGAAUACAUCGUGGAGUUUUUGAAGAAGAAAGCAGAGAUGCUUGCCGACUAUUUCUCUUUGGAAAUUGAUGAGCAGGAAGGGAACCUGAUCGGAUUACCGCUUCUGAUUGACAACUAUGUGCCCCCUUUGGAGGGACUACCCAUCUUCAUACUUCGAAUGGCCACGGAAGUGAAUUGGGAUGAAGAAAAGGAAUGUUUUGAAAGCCUAAGUAAAGAAUGUGCAACGUUCUACUCCAUCCGGAAGCAGUAUGUCAGUGAGGAGUCCACCCUCUCUGGCCACCAGCAGAGUGACGGGCCCGACUCUGCUCCAAACCCCUGGAAAUGGACUGUGGAACAUAUUCUCUAUAAAGCCUUCCGCUCACACCUUCUGCCUCCUCAACAUUUCACAGAAGAUGGAAAUAUCCUGCAGCUUGCUAACCUGCCUGACCUGUACAAAGUCUUUGAGAGGUGUUAAAGGUGGCUGACCCUGGACCCCAGGGGUGUUUUUGCAUCCUGAUGAUGGUAGGACUUAAAAUAUUCUUGUUUGUUUACUAGUUAACUCCCUUCAUUAAAGGUAAACCGUAAAUAAAUUUUCAACUAUA